CUUUUUUAACAAUAUCAAGAAAAUCUCUCUCUAUCCCCUCUCUUUCUCUCUCUAGAAGCUCUUUAAUUCAAUACGUACAUACUGUACCCUAGAACAUCAUUUAUAUAAGUCUCCCUUUGUCCGUAGAUAGUUCCCAUGUCAUUACAGAUUUUCUAGAGAGAGAGAGAGAAUUUUUAGAGAGAGAAAGUAUGGAACUAGCUUUGAGCUUGGGAGAUACUCCAAAACCCUUUUCAUUGUUGGAUCAUCACAGCAGAUCUCAGCAGCAGAAGAUGAAGGAUUUAGGGUUUUGCAUGGGGUUGGGAGGUAGUAAAAAUCUUGAAGUAGAGCUUAACUUCAAGAACAUGAUGAGAGAGAAAGAUGAUGAUGACGCACAUCGGAAAUCCGAGGAGAAAAGAAGUUCCUCUUCUUCAUCGGAUCCAUCACCGCCACCACCACCACUGCAACUUGAUCUCCUUCCUUUUUCUCCUGUUCUCCGAUCUGCACCACCACCAACGCCUUCUCACCGGUCCUUCCCGUGGCUCUCAAAAAACUUGAUAACAGAAAUGGGUUCGCAGAAUAAAGCGGUGCAAGUUCUUGAUGUUAAGCCGUUGGCGGUUGUGUCUGAUCAGGAAAACAUGGAAGAAACCGCCGGCGGAGAGUCAUCUCCGAACAACAGUAACAGUGGUACGUCAUCUUUUCAGAUGGAUUUCUCUUCCAUCUUCAAAAGCAGUAACUGUGGAAGAUCAUUCCAUUCGAGGAAAAGAGAUUUGGAUCUAGCAACAGUUAAUUUGGAGUUGAUAGAGGCUACCGAAAGUGAUCAAAGAGCUUCUUCAAGGGGAGGUGGUAUGAGUGAUGAAGAUGAAAACGGGUUGACCCGAAAAAAGCUCCGACUCACUAAAGAACAAUCUGCUUUUCUUGAAGAUAGCUUCAAAGAACACAGUACCCUCAACCCUAAACAAAAGCAAGCUUUAGCAAAGCAGUUAAAUCUUCGUCCACGACAAGUCGAAGUUUGGUUUCAAAACAGAAGGGCAAGGACAAAACUGAAGCAAACGGAGGUCGAUUGUGAGUAUUUAAAGAGAUGUUGUGAAACCCUAACUGAAGAAAACCGAAGAUUGCAAAAGGAGCUUCAAGAACUACGUGCGUUAAAGACUUCUCAACCAUUCUACAUGCAAAUGCCAGCCACCACUCUCACCAUGUGCCCUUCUUGUGAACGAGUGGCUACCACCACAACCACCACCACCACCACCAACACCGCCACUCCCCGCCCACAACAACCACCCACUGGCAGCCACCGACACUAGCAUUAACAUAUAUCAAGCAUGUCGUUUUGGCUCAUGCGAUUUUGACUAAUUAAACAACUGAGAAAACCACUGAAACGCAAUUCGCAUGCUUGCUUAUGUAAAUAAUAUUUUGCCCUUUCUUGACCA